UCCAGCCACAGGAGGAGAAGAGAUUGUAAGACCAAGGCAGCAGGCAGGAAGGCAGGCUGUGCGUCAGCCGGCGCUCCAUAGGGAAACAUGGAGACAAGCAGGAGAUGCUGAAGAGGACAGAACACACCAUACCAGGAUCGUAUAGAUGGAUGUUAUUUCAUCGAGCAGGCAACCUGAAGGCAACCCACGCAGAGGAUAAACCACUUAUGGACGCAGUGGAUUAAAGACCUACAGACAGACUGAGAGAGAGGGAGAGGGGGAAUAGAGGAGGAGAAAUUAAUCAAUUCAGUUGUUUAUUUUCAUUGUCUGUGUGUGCGCACUUGCUGUCAGAAAGAUUGUGUGUGUGCCUGCAUAUAGUGUGUGCGUGCAUAAGGCAGGAGACUGCAUUGCUGUUCUCCAGCACCACAGGAUAGACAAAAAAAAGAAGGCAGCCAAGCAGAUUACCUUAUGUGUUUUCCCCAUUUUUCUGUCUCUCCCUCUCUCUAUGCAUGUGUUUGUUCCUCCACAGCGCGACCAGGCACAGCCUGUGUGUGUAUGUGUGUGAAGAAGAGGAUGGUGAAGCCUGAAGUGAGCUACAGAUUCUGAGACUUUAAAUGGUCUUUUUGGGGGGGUCUGAUUACCAGCUACCCAGCUCAAAGAUAAAACAAUUUCUCUCUUUUUAUUUAUUUCUUUAUCACGCAACAUGUCACCGCUCCUGUUAGAGCAUUGGUGCUGAUCAAAGAGCCUAAGGUGGCUUCUAUGCUGGAGGCUUGGAGGUUUGAAGGGCUGCCACCGGGGAGACUUCUCGGCUCUACACCCCAGGGAGGUGGAGGCAUCAUCAGGUAGGAGGCAGCUGAACGCGGGGGUCUGAGCUGAAAGAAGGAGAGGAGUAGGAGGAAGAGUUGUUCAAGUGUGUCGUAGACUGUGUAGGCAGGCCCAUGGCCGGCCGGUGGAACUGCCUGAUGGUUCAAACUCCUGCUGAGAGAGGAUAAUGGCAGCUCUGGGCCCACUCUCCUCCUCUCUCAUCUGCAUCUGCCACAGAGAAGCUGUAAAGUGCUAGCCGAUGCUACAACAAGCCCACCAAGAGGAUGGUGUGAACAGCAGCAGCCUUUCCCACCAUAACCGGGAGACCCCUGACACCCCUGUGAGGGGCCACGUUUUCUUAUCCACCUCUUUUCUCCUUCCUCUUCUUCAAACCAGCUAAGAAAAGGAGCGACAUUGCUUCAUUUGUGUGGGAGUUCUCUCCCUCUCCCUCCCACUCUCUCCCCCUCCUCACCCCCUGACCUCACCACCUUCCAAACUGGGCUCCAUGGAUUGGUUCUAGCACCAACCUGUCCUUCUUUUUUCUCCCUUAUUUUUCUUUUUCUUUUCUUUUUGUUUUUGUCGAGGCUUCAGGGGAAUUGCCAAGACCUGUUUCAUGCAUGUCCACUGGCGGCAGGUUCAACUUUGACGAUGGGGGGUCAUACUGCGGAGGGUGGGAGGAGGGCAAGGCGCACGGCCACGGGAUUUGCACGGGACCCAAGGGCCAGGGCGAGUACUGCGGGUCCUGGGCCCAUGGCUUCGAGUUGCUGGGCGUCUACACCUGGCCCAGCGGGAACACCUACCAGGGCACCUGGGCUCAGGGCAAGAGACAUGGCGUGGGCGUUGAGAAUAAGGGCCGCUGGGUGUACAAGGGCGAGUGGACACAUGGCUUUAAGGGACGCUAUGGCUUGCGAGAAAGCACAGGGACGAGCGGGAAGUACGAGGGGACUUGGAACAACGGGCUGCAGGACGGAUAUGGAACAGAGACGUACUCAGAUGGAGGAACAUUUCAAGGCCAAUGGGUUGGCGGGAUGCGGCAUGGCUAUGGAGUCCGCCAGAGUGUCCCAUACGGCAUGGCGGCCGUCAUCCGCUCCCCGCUCCGUACCUCCAUAAACUCUCUCCGUUCCGGUUCGGAGCACAGCAAUGGCACAGCUUUGCUGGACCGGACCGGGGCCGUGGUUCCUGGUCCUCCUCCGGUUCCUGGCACCUUGACCACCAGCGUCUCCAUGUGCAGCACGGGCAGCAGCGGCAGCAGCCCCGCUGUGUCUCGUGGAGGUUUUGUGCUGACAGCACACAGCGAGGCUGAGCUGCUGAAGGGGAAGAGGAAAGGCGGGCUGUUCCGGAGGUCCAUCCUGUCUGGGCUCAAGCUGAGGAAGUCCGAGUCCAGGAGUUCUCUAGCCUCCCAGAGGUCUAAACAGAGCUCGUUCAGGAGCGAGGCUGGGAUGAGCACUGUGUCCUCUGCUGCAUCUGAUAUCAACUCUACUAUCAGUCUCGGAGAUGCAGACACAGAGUUGGCCGUUGCAGACGACGAUGUGGACGCCACAGCAACAGAGACCUACUGCGGGGAGUGGAAGAACGACAAGCGGACAGGAUUCGGCGUGAGUCGGCGGUCCGACGGCCUGCAGUACGAGGGGGAGUGGCUUAGCAACAAACGUCAUGGCUACGGCUGCACCACGUUUCCCGAUGGCACAAAAGAGGAAGGGAAGUACAAACAGAACAUCCUCGUGAGCGGAAAAAGGAAGAACCUGAUCCCCCUCCGGGCAAGCAAGAUCAGAGAAAAGGUGGACCGAGCCGUGGAGGGAGCACAGAAAGCAGCCGACAUCGCCCGUCAGAAAGCUGAGAUCGCUCUGUCCAGGACGGCUCAUGCACAGGGUAAAGCAGAAGCAGCGGUGGGAGCAGCUCAGAAAGCCCAGGAAGAGAGUCGCAUGGCCAGGGUCACUGCCAAGCAGUUCUCCCCUUCCUUCCAGCACCCAGGAAAUGGCAUGGAGGUGCAGCGGCCCAAACGCCAGGUGUCCAGUGAGGUGGAGGGCGAGGGGUUGUCGAGUAGCGCCGGCACCGCCGACAGCCCCGACCUCUACGUAAAGAGCGUGGCCUCUGACGACCCCUCUAAUGAUGCCGCCACCCCUGACCUCAGCCCCCCUUCUUCCUCACCGCCCCACACCCCGCCACCCCCCGCCCGGCCAACCCAGCGCACCAAGAGUGCCCGCUUCCACCGGCAGGUCGCUGUGGACCACGGCGACAAGGGGAAGGAUGGAGGAGAAAGGGGUGAAAAAGGUGGAGGAGGAGGGCAGACAGAGAUCCAGGUGUUGAUGGAGGGAGGAGGCGAAGGAGGUGAGGGCGGAGGAGGAGGACGAGGCAAGGUGGAGUACCCACGGGCUAACAGCUGGAGCGAGGACAAGAGGAGAGGGAUGUUGUCAAAAGGAGGAGGUGGGCUAAGUGGACGAGGAGCGAGCCGGACCAACGGACACAAACACAGCUCCUCCAAUCAUAAGUCCCGGGAGCACGGAUCAUCCAAUCACAGACAGGCCAGAGGGGACAGGUGGACGGAGUCGUCCUCGUCUGCCUCUUGGACGUCGGGGCACAGGGGCGUGCAUGGGAGGGGAGGCAGGCUGCUGGAGCAGGAUGAGGAGAAAAUGAGCAAUUAUGAGAUGGAGAUGAAGCCUUUACAGCCGAGAGACUCCACUACCCACAAGCCCCAUGGGCACGGGGAGGAGAGGCCUGGGCAUAGUCACGCUCAUGGAGAGGGGCGCUCGCACACUGUGCAGCGCCAGAGGCAUAAGAACCGUGACGGGAGGGAGGGGAGGGAAGGAAAAGAGGGGAGGGAAGGGGGUAAGGACUCGGGGCACAAGCUGGACAGGGCAGGGGACAAGAUGGAUUCACGGCCUCUACGUCGGGACCUCACCCUCUCCCCCCCUCUCAAGUCCUCCCCCAUCACACCGGAGCAGCACGACCACAGCCUCCUACAGAGCAAAGGCAACUCGGCCUACAGCUCUAUCCUGGUUGUCAUGGUGAUUCUGCUCAACAUUGGAGUGGCUAUUUUGUUUAUCCACUUUUUUAUUUAAAGAAAGCACCGCUUCGAGAGUCAGCCUAUCUAUGCUACAACAACUAUAAAUUCAUAUGAGUAUUACGACUAAUCUGCUGCCCCUUCGUGUUCCUGGCCAGACGACUGCAGCCAGCUGAGGAGGGCUUGGGCUAAAUUUGGUAAAGCUAACGGUAGCUAACCCAGGCUAGCCUCGGCUGAGCUCGGCCCAGUCGUCUUGAAAGUGAUGCAGAAGCCCAAAGAAGUGGACGAAAGAGGGGUGAACCGGUCCAGAUAGCUGGACUACAAGGAGAUUAUACAGUCCAGUCCAGUAUACAGAAACUGGACUUAAGUUUAAGCUUCGGUAGCUCACACAGAGACUCAAGUGGGCUGAACUGGUCUGAUCUCCAGGCCAUGAGAGCUGCAGCUGGCAUUACAGCGAGAUGUCUGCUUCCACUGUCUGCAGACAGGACUGUCCAGACAGACUUUUUCAUCUUCAAAUCAUAGUUUUCAACAGAUUUGUAACUUAUAAUUUAUUUAUUAACAUUUUUCUGUCAUGUACAAUAUGUUGAUGGAUAUAUUCUUUAUUUUGUAACCCUUCACUCCUCUUUAUAUAACUCCUGCCUUUUGGUUCCUCCAACUGCCCAGGCGUUGUUACUGAUGGUCCAAGGUGUGUGUUCGUGUGUGUCUAUGUAAGACUCAAGAGCUGGUGAGUGUGUGCAGCCUGGCUGAUGACUCCCACAUCCACACAUACUCGUUGCUUUUACGCUAUCGUUCAUCCGUCCUUGUCCGUCCCCUCUCAUGUUGGGAGUGAGAAUCUUGUGUGUGCUUAUGUGCGUCUCUGUGUCUGUGUGUUUGCAGUGUUUAAAUUGUUUUUUUUGCAGAAUGUGUAUGUGGCAGGCAUGUCAGGCAAUGAUGUGUGUGUGUGUAUAUAUGUAUGUAUGUGCGCGUGUCUCCAAGUAGCUCAGUGGCCUUUCACGCUGUUCAUGAACUUUACUAGAGCAUCUCUCACUGCUCAUCCACAUCUAGCCUACUAGCAUCAGCUGACAGCUGUGCUCUAUCCCUCUCUCCCUCCCACUCUCUCCCACCUCCACACACACCAGUCAGAAGAUGGAGCUUCCUCUGAGUUGGUGGUAGUUCAAGACACGCCGUCCUUGGCAGAUCCCUGCACCUACUGUACCACUAGCAAAGUUAUUUAGAGGGAAUGCCGCUUUCACCAAAAGCAAAGCCUGUACGUGUAACACCAGAUAUGUGGCUUUAAAGGCAAUAUCAUAUUGAUAAAUCAGUGUCUCUCAGUGCUUCUCUCAAAACAUAACCUGAAGACAAAAUCUUUUAUACUAUACUUGCAAGAUGUCUGAAAAAAAAAUCCUAGUCGCCAACUGCCUUGCUUUUUCUGCGCAAAUUGAUAAAAGUACAACAAUGCAUGCAUAUGUGCUGUAAUAUCUUAGUUGAAAAGAGCUUCAGGAGCACAUGCGACAUGUUAAGUUUUGAUAGAGGCAGAGUCUGGAGAGAAGAUUUAGCUCAUGAAGCUGGGGUAAAACAGCAGCAGAGUCAAAAUGUAUUUUAUUGAUCUUUUCUGGGUUAAAUGAAUGUGAUUGAAGUGAUGCAGGAAGUAACUGUGACAGGAUGCAGGUCCGUAGUGUAGCAGCAAGCAGUGGCCAGGAUGGCCAGUCAGGAUUUACCACCUUCAUUCCUCAGCUUCUCCUCCGGCAAUCCAAGACCCUUAAAGACAUACAGACAGAAACACCAGUCAUGAUAUGUCUGUUUUUUAUAGUCUAGUGAAAACACUGGCUUUUUCUGUGUGUGUGUGUCUUAAACCCAUCUAGCACACCAGCCUGUGUUUGUUUGCAUGUGUGCACAUGAACGCUCAUCAGACUGUGUGUGUGUGUGUGUGUGUGUAUCCUCCUUCUUCCACGUGAUGGGAUGGGAUGGCUAAGCCCGUUGCCAUCGGUAACAACUUCCAGGGGGCAGUGAGUUUCGCUGUUGUUUUUCUGUCUGACGGCGUUUCUCAAACUAUGGACUGGAACUCAAACUCGGCUUUAGGCUCAUUUCUGGUGUUUCCCCGACAAUAUUACAAGAGUACAGUCUAAUGUGCCUGCACCCCGAGAGGCAGAACAAUGUAUUUUCAUUUCAUUUUUUUGGUCCCCAGACUGAAAAAGGUUCAAGAAGCUCUGCUGUAUGCCAUCAGCCUGGUGACGAUGCCCUGCGUCACCCUGUUAGUCCGCAGCAUGCUACAGCAUGCCAAGCUCUCUCUAUAGUUUGACUCUCCUUUCUUUCUUUCUUUCUUUCUUUCUUUCUUUCUUUCUUUCUUUCUUUCUUUCUUUCUUUCUUUCUUUCUUUCUUGCUUUCUUUAUGUUUCUGGGAAAUUACUCUGUUUUGUUUUUGAGUUAUGUGGAGAAAAUAAUGAAAGUGUUUGAAAGAAAAUGA